AUGAACCGGAAUCCUACCGGAAAAAACCAGUAUUCCUCUUGCCCACCUCCUAACGAUCCAGCAGUCGCCGAGGCUCUCAAAGAGUAUCAUCGUCGUAACAUCACUAAUGCAGAUACAAUAUCACAGCUUCUCUUGAAAGAACAUGGAGUAGAGAUGUCCGCGAUCACCGUUCGCAGGCGCCGAAAGAACCUAGGUCUCAUGGGGAGUGGUACCACAACGCGAACCAUCCCCGACGGGCAGAAGCGUCAACUUAUCUUUGAUCAGAUGGCCAAAGAUCCCAGCCGAAACCGAGGUCCAGCAAUGGUCAAGGAAGCCAUUGCUAAAGAUGAAGGUAUCCACCUCACGCGCGAUUACAUCGCUGCUGAAAUGCGCGCUCAAGACCCGGAUGGCUUUGAGCACCGUGCACCUACCGCCAAGAAGAUCCAUCGUGAGCCUCUCAGCGUGCUGGGACCAAAUCAUGAGUGGUCCGGUGACGGACAUGAUAAGCUUGCAAAGAUAGGGUUUCCUAUCUGGGCCGUCAGAGAUGUAUGGUCUGGGAAGUGGCUAGGGCUCUGGGUCGUCCCAAACAACAGGUUGAAACGUGCUAUCGGCUAUCUCUACCUCUCCCUUGUUCAUGAUAUGGGCGGUAUGCCUAUUCAGUCCACUACCGACUGUGGUUCUGAAACAAUCGAAGUAUAUGGUCUUGCAAAUGCACUUCGGGAGCUGUUCGCACCUGAGCUGGACCGGGAGGAACUACCAGCACAUAGGUUCCUGCGAAGCAUUCGUAACAUCACGAUCGAACGCGGAUGGCUUCGCCUUCGUCUUCAAUGGGGCGACAAUAUCAGAGUUUACUGGGAUCAAGGCUAUGCUGUCUAUGAUGAAAACAACCGAGACCAUUAUCUUUUGGUCCAGUGGCUGUGGCCCAAACUUAUCCGGCAAGAACUUGACGAACUGAAGUCAAGGUUCAACGACCAUAGAGUCCGUCGUGAUUGGAAGAAGACGCAUCCGUCGGGAGUAUCACCAAACAUUUCGUAUUCCCUCCCAAAGACAUAUGGAGGACAAGAGAGUUUAUUGCAACCGGUUGAUAGAGCUGUGGUGCGCAAGCUCAUGGAAGAUCUCGGUGGAGAAGAUCUCAUAAGAUUCGUAUCAGUCGAGUUCGACGCACAAGCUCAGGAGGUGUUCGACACACUUGCGGUACCAAAGUUGUCUCUCGAAAAUGUCUGGAAUAUUUUUAGUUUGAUGCUUCCUCUCAUGUUUGGACCACAGUAG